UGAACAACAUGCCGCUUUCAAAGACUCAAGUCACAUCGCGGCAACUUUCUAUCCGCGACUGGAUUUAGAGGCUCACCCGGAGCGUUCCCGGAAACACAAACCGCCUCAUGGUCGAUGCGAAGACCUGAAAUGUGGACUCACCUGAUACCUGGUCUCUGGGUUUAAGGAGGAACCGCAACUUUCGGACAGGCUCCACUUUUAAUAGUUUUUUAAAUUUUUGCGUCGGAUUUGGAUUUUACUACAAUGGGUGUUCCGUGGACGCGCUGCGUUGUCCUCCUGGCUUGGUGCUGCUGCUGCGGGUUUGGACUCGGACGCGCAAACAAAUGCGAUGAAGUGCGCAAAGUUUUCCAACUCCGGCAGAUUGGACCAAAUCAAUUACUGCCUCUGAGUCCCAGACCAGGUUCAGACCUCCAGGUGUGCACGUCCAAGAACUUGACAUGCUGCACCAAAAAGAUGGAGGAGAGAUACCAGCUGGCGGCUCGAAGGGACAUCCAGAACAUCCUGCAGACGUCCAGCUCCAGCCUCAAAUUUCUCAUAUCGCGCAACGUGGCUGCUUUUCAAGAGACCUUCGAGGUCCUGAUGCGGCAUGCAGAGAAUCACACCAACUUCGUCCUUCAGGAGUCGUACCACAUCGUGGCCGAGCACGCCGCGGGCGCGGUGAGGGAGCUCUUCACCGACAUCGGACUCUUCUUGCUCGGAUCUGAGCUCAAUGUCGACGAGUUAGUGCAGCGUUUCUUCGACGCUCUCUUCCCGCUGGUCUAUAAUCACCUCAUCAACCCUGGCCUCAGUGAUAUAUCGCCCAGCUAUGCAGAGUGCGUGAGGUCGUUAAGCCGCGAGGUCAGACCAUUUGGUGGGGCGCCUGGCCUCCUGGCUGAUCAGAUCGCCCGCUCCGGGGUGUCUGGGAAGCUGCUGCUUCAGGCGCUGCAUCUCGGCAUCGAGGUCAUCAAUACCACGGACCACUUACAGCUGAGCCGCGAGUGCAGGAGGGCCCUGCUCAAGAUGCACUACUGUCCUCAUUGCCAGGGCCUAACGCAGUCCAAGCCCUGCAUGGGUUACUGCCUCAACGUGAUGCGGGGGUGUUUAGCAAGCAUGGCGGAGAUUGACAUCCAUUGGAGGGAAUUCGUUCGCUCACUCGAGGGCCUGUCAGCAAGAAUGCAUGGACCUCAGGAUCUGGAACAAGUGCUUCUGGGGGUUCACAUGCUGAUUCGUGACGCCGUCAGCCACGCUCAGAAAAAUGGACCUCGCCUCUCAGCGCAGGUGCACAAACUGUGUGGGCCACCGAGCAGGAAGCUCUCGCAGUCCGUCAGCAUCCAGCACAGCGGCGGCGGCAGAGAGUCCAUCCCUCUGAAGGCUCCUGUCAAAAUCUCAGGGGACUCGCUCGCUGUCAGGAGAAGGGACUUUCUGAACAGCCUGCGUCUCUACCGCACGUACUACGGUGGCCUGGCGGAUCAGCUGUGUGGGAGUGAACUGGCAUCUGGUGAUGGGCUUUCCUGCUGGAAUGGAACUGAAAUUGUGAAAAGCUACACCCUCCGUGUGGUGGGAAAUGGGAUCAAAGCUCAGAGUGCCAAUCCUGAAGUCAAAGUCAAGGGAGCCGAUCCAGUCAUUAAUCAGAUUAUUGAUAAACUGAAGCAUAUCAAUCAGCUGCUGCAGGGAAAGUCCAUCCCAAAGCUGGGGUCUCUGGACCAGAUCGAAACAGGAAGUGGAGAUACAGAAGGACGGUACAGCGGGGAAUGCGAUGACGAGGAUGGCUGCAGCGGUUCGGGUGGCGGCGAGUUUAAGAGGAAAGUCGUAUCCAGAGUCUCCAAAUUGAGUCCAGAUGUGACCGGUGAUCACAAACAUCAUCAUCAUCACCACCAUCCACCCGCCGAUGAUUCCAAAGUUGUGGACACAUCCAGGAGCUUCAGACUGACGGGAGCCGUCUGGGUCCUGGCGUUGCCCUGUUUGCAUCCGGUCCUGCUCUGGUAACAGCUGCCUUUUUUGCAGCAUGGAACUUUAGGACUUGAUUUCGAGCGUAAUCAUUCAGAAAUGAAAAGUGAAAAUGAAUGAAACAAGCUUCGAUUCAUCGAU